AUGGCGCCCUUGCGUAAAGGCACACCAACCUGCUUGUCUGAGGAUGCCUUUAUUUUGGCCCCUGCCGAUGCUGAAAUCAUGAAGAUCUUGGUGGCCUGUUUGGUGCUGGUGCUGCUGUCUGCCAGUGUGCACUCUCAGUCUGAAAAUGUCAAAGCCCGUUAUGAUAAGUUCAAAAACCAACAUAUCGAUAAGGAUAUGAGCCCUGAGAAAUGUGAUAAGGUGAUAAGUGAAAAGGGCAUCAAGGACGCAAAAACCAACUGUAAAAACAUCAACACUUUCAUCCUUGCCACCAUCGAUGAAGUCAAACCCAUCUGUGGCAGUGCAGGUGAACCAUAUAAGGAUAAGGGCCUGACCUUAAGCACCAAACCAUUUAAAAUUGUUGUCUGUAAACUGCAACCACAGGGAGACUGCAAGUACAAUGGUCAGUCUCUCACAAAGAGAAUUGUAAUCGCUUGUGAAAAAGACUUUCCUGUGCACUAUGAUCAUGACAUUGAUUAG